AUGGGCCCCUGUACCGCCUCCUCAUGCUGCUGCCAGGCCCGUAAUCUGCCAUGGGCCCCCGUACCGACUCCUCAUGCUGCUGCCAGGCCCGUAAUCUGUCAUGGGCCCCUGUACCGCCUCCUCAUGCUGCUGCCAGGUCCAGAGUGUGUCAUGGGUCCCUGUACGGCCUCCCAUUGCUGCUGUCUCCAUCGCCACACUCUGCCAUGUGCCACUUUCAGGUCUCCUCACACUGCUGGUGGGUUCCAUUUUGUCAUAGGGUGCUGUAUGGCCUCCCAUUGCUGCUGCCUCCACCGCCACACUGUGGCUCCACACUCUGGUUUUGGCCCCGUGACUGCCCAAAUGAGUGAAGUGUGCGGUGAUUCUAAGAUCGACGGCACUCAUCUGCAUGUCAUACUGACUAGUGUU